UAUAAAACAACUUGCUGGUGUGUGCCAUGGAAUCAGCCUUGUGAAUAAUUGUCAUAGCUCUUCUUUGCAGUGGCUGAAGCAGAGUUUUGCAAUCGUUUCUCUGUGCUCAGUGUGGUUCAGGGCCCUGGUUAAGAUCCCAAGUCUGUCUCAUCCCGACUGAGCAGUGAGGAGCAGAAAAUGUGGAAGAGCAAGCUCUCUGCACUUUACUCUGUACUUGGUGUCAUGCUGCUGUGGCCGGACAUCCUUGCCAAAACGGUCGUGCUCAAGCUGCAACAUGCAGACGUGGAGACUCCACCUGCUGAACACAGAGAAGAGCGCCCCCCCAUGGUAAGGAGGUCAGCUCAGUCCUGCGACAGCACCUUCGACCACUACUGUCUCAACAACGGUCAGUGCAUGCUGUUGGUGGACAUCAAUGAACACCACUGCAAGUGCGACAGCGGGUUCUACGGCCCUCGCUGCAGUCACCCGGAGCUGUCGGUCAAGCCUAUGGAAGAAGAGCAGCUGAUCAUGGUCAUCUUCUGUCUGGCUCUGCUUUUCCUGGGAACAGCUGGACUCAUCUACUUUUGCUGGAAAUGGUGCAAGAAAAACAAGUUCCCUCGGCAGCGCCAGGGCUACAAGGGUGCGCAGAGCGCAUAGAUGCCAGCGUGGUGCCACUGCCGCUAUUUACCAUGAACUUGCAUCGUCUGUGCCUGGAGAUUUGAUUCAGCGGCUGGUUUGCUGGAAUGUCACACAAGGUCUCAAGGUUGGUUUGUGGUCUCACGUGUGCCAGCAGAGUUAGUGCCUUGAUUUGUGUUGUUGCCAAUGAUUUCUGGAACCUUAUCACUUUGCUCAUUUUCCUGAGCUAAGCGUUGUAAUAUUAUCUAUAUAAAUACAAACAUAUAUUUAAAUGCUUCAUGAGAUAUUGUGGCUCAUAGAAAAUGGUUACUAUUUAUGUCUUAGCAAUUGGUAUAUGCUGCUGCACUUUACCCUGAGAACAUCAAGACAUUUCCAAACCUUCAUCAUUUCAAGCAUAUUUCAGGCUUCAGUUUUGUUUUGAACAGGGAAUAAGCACGAAAGCCAGACUUGGCAUCAUUUGUAUUUUUAUGCUCCUGUUUGCCAGCUUUUAUUUAUUGUUUUUGUUUAAAGUGACAUCAUAAUUUAUCCUCUCACUGUUUCAACAAACAGGUUGAUACUUGUUCCACAUCAAGA